AUGUCAAUUCGCGGGCGCUCCGCGUAUCAACGUCGCGCCAGAGAUGAAAGGUUGCGAUUGACUGCGAAUGGCACUUUUCAAAUAUCAGUUUUUAGCGACUUGCAUUUUGCUGAAGCUGAUGAGGCGGACAACAAGACCGCAGGGGUGAUGAACAGCGUUCUUUCUUCAGAGGACGUGCAGCUCGUGGUACUUAAUGGAGAUUUAAUCUCUGGCGAGGCAACGCAAAGCUCCACCAAUUCUAGUAUCUACGUUGAUCGGAUUGUUGCACCACUAGUCGAUCGUGAUUUACCAUGGGCAUCGACUUAUGGGAAUCAUGACAGCGAGAUUAAUUUGGACCCCGAAGAGAUAUAUCAUCAAGAGACAAAGUACCAAAACAGCUUAACCCAGAGAAGGGUUCGGGGCUCCACUGCCGGCAUCACGAACUAUUACCUGCCAGUAUUUCCGCAUGAGGCUUCAAAUGACAGUACCCCAGUAUUUAUAUUGUGGUUUUUUGACAGUCAAGGUGGUCAUUAUGCCUUGACAGAGAACGAAGAGCGCAAGUCAGUCCCGAGACAGAGUUGGGUAGAUGAUGCGGUUGUUGAAUGGUUCACAGAAGCCAAUGCAAACUUAACGUCCACCUACGGGCAAACAAUCCCAUCUCUAGCUUUCGUCCAUAUUCCGGCUCUUCCAAUGCGCGCAUUCCAAAAAUCCGGCGUUAGUCCGACCCGUGAACCAGGAAUCAAUGGAGAACGAGUCCAGCAACAAGGCUAUGACUCCACGACCGGCUACCAGUCUCAAGAUCUCCCAUUCAUACACGCUCUACUGAAUACCACGGGGCUGGCAGCGACUUUCAGUGGCCAUGAUCACGAUAAUGACUGGUGCUUCAAGUGGAAUAGUAAGCUUUCUGACCUCAAUAUCACGGGAAAUGGUAUGAGCAUGUGCUACGGCCGGCAUACGGGAUAUGGAGGGUAUGGCGAAUGGGCGCGUGGUGGAAGGCAGAUUUUGUUGAAUCAGCAGUCGCUUGGGGACGAUGUACGGACCUGGAUUCGGAUGGAAGAUGGGUCAAUUUCAGGUGAUGUUCAUCUCAAUGCGACAUACGGCCAAGAUCGAUAUGGGUUGUCGCAGAGGAGAAUCAGCGAGCAGAAUGGUGGUGGUCUUUCUCCUUCUCCUUCAUACUUCGGGGUUGGCUACUUGUGGAUAUUUGUAUUCUAUGGGCUUAUAUCUAGGUUUCAUUUAUGGUAA